GGGGGUAGGGGGGGGGGGGAAUCGUCCGGGUGAUAGCCUAUCUGGUGUCUGUUGUAGAUGCAUCUGAGUAAUACCGGAUAAUAACACGCUUCAGUGGGAGAUUUAAGAAUGAAUAUGAUGUAGCCGUGCGUAAUUGAAGAGUUUUUUCCGCAUAGGACUUGUUUGGCACAUCAUCCGAAAGACGCAGAAAGCUUCACACAUCGAUACAGUUGUGCUUUUUAUUGUCCACAUCUGACAUAUGGCAGCUGCACAGGCUCUGAGGGGGAUCCAUAGGUUUUUUUUUGUAAAGUGCGUUUUCCCACCUGAAAGCAGCCUGAGCGGACUGCCUCCAGCUCCGGUGCUGUAUUGUUUUGCAUGGCGCACCUUUGUCGCUCACGCCGCUCGGAUGUUGACACGGGAAUUAUAGUGUUGAAAGCAACCCCGGCGAUCACACACAACAGCAACUAGAAGACGCUUUAACCAUCAUCUAACAAAGGGAUGAAGACUUUUAGAAGCAUUUAAAAGCAUUGGCUAGAAGGACAAUGGAUGCACUUUAAUCCAUCCAUAUGAUCUGGGGUGUUGUUGUUUUUUUUUUUUUUAUUGACAGAUGCUUGUUAGGAUUGAGGUAUCUGAUGGAGCAACAGGGGUAUGAUGAUGCCGGGAUGGUGCAUGCUGGGUGAUAAAGGACAACCUGAUUCAUAGGCGAGGGGAAAGAUCUGGGAAAUUUUGGAGGACAGACACGAGGGGGCGGCGGGACUCUCCGUGCCCAGAUUAUUUUUAUCGACGCGCCGGACGGUGCGUAUGUUUGCGCUAUGUCUGUCUGUAAUUUAAUCAUAUUGUGGUGUUGGUAAAUCGGGACCGAGGUCGCCCCGUCAAGGAGGGGAAAGUCGUGUAUUUCCGAGACUCCAUGCCUGGUGUCAUUGGUUCACAGAGUCAGUCUGUAUUGGCGUCGCCGGAGCAGGACGCUCAACAGUUCAGUGCGUAAAAGAGUGCACGGAUUCCGCUCCAAGGGGGGGUUGGAGUGGAGGGGGUGGGAGAAGGAGAACCGGACUGUUUGAACAUCACAGCUCAGAACUUGAUGAACCUGCUACCGUCACCUGCAAGGGAUCUCAAUGUCAUUCCCAGACAGGUGGGGCCCUGCAGACUGUAGCCGUGCCAGGCACCAUGAGGCAGCAAGCUCGGCCUGAGAGAGCAAAGAAAUCACCCUUUAUCAUUCUCACCCAGGCUGGGCAGCAGAAGAAAUGCACACAAAAACAGGAGAAGCAACUGCAGUGCAUGCCACUGCAGAGACAGGCUAACACACCAAUCUGAGAAUACAGCGGAGAACAAAUGGGGAAGACAGGAAGAGACUGAGAGAGCGCAGUCAAACAUUGAGAUUGCGUCAUUCUAAAUGGCAAAAGGGACUGGACCACACUCAAAGGCAGUGAUGUCCUUGUUAACACAUUGUCCUCCAUUGGAAGCUCCUUGUUAGAAGUCACAAGUCAGUCCCCUUCCCCUGUGAGGCGACAGAGCUGAGGGGCAGAGGAAACGAAAAGCAGAGGACGAGAGAGAGAGACAGAGCGGGAAAAAAAGAGACUGUGACAGGCCCCCAUGCAGGCGCGUAAGAAGUAUGUUCUGCUGGGCUUGUGUGCGUGCUGCUGGCUGGUCCUCUUUUACUGGGGUGGAGGGGUCCAGCUACGUCUGCUCCGGCUGCUGACACGGCAGCGUGGGGAGGUGGUCCGCCCCUGGCCCAACUGGACCGACCGGGCCUUCCUGCCCCGCUAUGCCCACCUGGACGAGCUCCAGACAGACCCUGGCACCGCAGAGUCGCCCCGCCAGCGGCGACAGGCCUGGUCUGCCAUUUAUAAGGACAGCCGCUGCCGCAUGGAGACCUGCUUUGAUUUCUCUCGGUGCCGCCGCAGGGGGAGGGAAGGGUUCAGGGUGUACAUAUAUCCAUCAGAGAAAAAUGAUCAUGUCUCAGAAAGCUACAGGAAGAUCCUGACAUCAAUUGCAGAGUCAAGGUACUACACAUCAGACCCCCGUGAGGCGUGUCUGUUUGUGCUCGGAAUAGACACUUUAGAUCGGGACCAGCUGUCAGGACAGUUUGUACCCAAUGUUGAUGAACGUAUCCGUGGUUACCCAUUGUGGAAUGAUGGGCGGAACCACCUGAUCUUCAACCUGUACUCAGGCACCUGGCCCAAUUACACAGAGGAUCUAGGAUUCAACAUUGGCCAGGCUAUUUUAGCCAAAGCCAGCCUAAAUACAGAACAUUUCAGGCCAGGCUUUGACGUGUCCAUCCCACUGUUCUCCAAGGAUCACCCCCAAAAGGGUGGGGAGAGGGGAUGGUUGGUGCGGAACACGAUCCCACCCCGAAGGAAAUACUUGCUGAUGUUUAAAGGGAAACGAUAUCUGACAGGCAUCGGCUCAGACACUAGAAACGCACUCCAUCACAUCCACAAUGGAAAAGACAUUGUGUCGUUGACGACAUGCCGCCAUGGGAAGGACUGGGAGAAGCACAAAGAUGCCCGCUGUGACCAUGACAACCUGGAAUAUGAGAGGUUCGACUACCAGGAGCUCCUGCACAACUCCACCUUCUGUUUGGUGCCGAGAGGUCGACGCCUGGGAUCUUUCCGCUUCUUAGAGUCAUUACAGGCGGCGUGUAUUCCUGUGUUGCUGAGUAAUGGAUGGGAGCUGCCCUUUUCCGACGUCAUACAGUGGAACCAGGCGGUCAUUGAAGGAGACGAGAGAUUACUACUGCAGGUGCCGUCCACGGUGAGAGCAGUCGGCAACGAGAGAGUCCUGGCCCUCAGACAGAGGACCCAGAUGUUGUGGGAAGCCUACUUCUCCUCUGUGGACAAGAUAGUCCUCACCACACUGGAGAUCAUCAAGGACCGUGUGUUUUCUCACAUAUCAAGGAAUAAGUACAUGUGGAACUCGCUGCCCGGAGGUCUGCUGGUUCUACCGGAGUACUCCACUCACCUUGCACAUUUCCCUUUCUACUACCUGGGGUUAGGUAUCAGUCCAGGUCAGGAGUUCACUGCUGUCAUCCAUGCCGUCUCCCCCCUGGUGUCCCAGUCUCAACCCAUUAUGAAGCUGCUCCAGGUGGUUUCCAAGUCAAAAUACUGCUCACAGAUUAUCAUCCUCUGGAACAGCGAGAAGCCGCCACCCAAUCGGAGCAAAUGGCCUCCGAUGCCCGUUCCCCUCACUGUGACAGACGGCAGGAGGAAGACCACCAGUCGGUUCCUGCCUCACGUUGCCAUAGAGACGGAAGCAGUGCUGAGUCUGGAUGAGGAUACAGUAUUGCUGACCAGUGAGGUAAACUUUGCCUUCUUGGUGUGGCGGAGCUUCCCUGAGCGGAUCGUGGGCUACCCUCCGAGGAGCCACUUCUGGGAUCCCUUGAAGCGGGCCUGGGGCUACACCUCUAAAUGGACCAAUGACUACUCCAUCAUCCUGACUGGAGCUGCCUUCUACCACAGGUACUACCACUACCUGUUCUCCCACUACUUGCCCCAGUCUUUGCGGACUCUGGUGGAUCGCACGUCCAACUGCGAGGACAUCUUGAUGAAUUUUCUGGUCUCUGCUGUAACGCAUCUGCCGCCGAUCAAAGUGGCUCAGAGGAAGCAGUACAAGGAGCUGCCCAGUCCACAGGGUACAAAGAGCGUCCCAUGGGCCAAUCCAGAGCACUUCAACCAGCGACAGGAGUGUGUCAAUACCUUCGCCAACUGGUUUGGCUACAUGCCUCUGGUCCACUCUCAGUUCCGUCUGGACCCCGUGCUCUUUAAAGAUCAAGUGUCCGUCCUCCGUAAGAAGUACAAAGACCUGGAGAGGGCAUGAAACAGAAGGACGACACAGUGGAGUGUGGAGGUCGUAUUUAGUGGCCUUUUGGAUGGAAAAAGACGCCCACGACUUUCUGGGAAAACCGGUACCGAGGCCUGUUCGGGCUGUGGACAAUCAUCAGACAGACCCUGGCGGACUGAUCUGGACUGUAACAUGACAGUAAAGAAACUUCUAAUGAUUCUCCCACCUCCAUGUGUCCGGUUCGACGACAGAGGAGAAAAAAUUCAGGGGUCUUGAAAGAGUCGCUCAUAAAGGACAAUCUGUAUCAGGCGGGGGAAAAAAAUUAAAAGGAACAUCUGUAAAGACAGUGAAGACAUCUGAUGUGAAUGCUGGUGCUGUGACAAUGAGACUGGAUUGGCUAUUGUUGUAUCGGUGCCAUGCACUCUGGCUGUCAAUGCGUGUCUCAGCAUACUGUGCAGGGACUGUUGCCAAGGAAACAGAUCAUUUCACAUCAAAAUGCUAACUGUAAAACGAAUAAAGAUUUAUAAAUGCAAA